AUUUUCCAAAAUCUAAAAAAACCGUAACAAUGACUUAUUCCUCUCAUAGAAAAGUAUCAUUUUGCACCGACUUUGAAAACUCUCUGGUAAUAAACCAAUUCAAGUCACGUGGAUGGAAACAAGUGAGCCCUUUAGACGAGUGGAACAUCUACUGGUCCAACUCAAUGAGCUGCCGAAUGCUGUUCCGCACACCAGCGGUCUUCAAGUUCAACGACCGCCAGCUCGUCAACCACUUCCCGAACCACCACGAAUUAGUCCGAAAAGACUUGCUAGUGAAGAACGUGAAGCGUUAUAGAAAAGAACUGGAGAAGAAAGGCGACCCUGUGGCCCUCAGAGACAAGAUUGCCACACACGGAGGCGGCUUCGACAUCCGAUACGUGUACCUAGACUUCAUCCCACUAACAUUCACAUUACCUGCAGACUACAAAUCAUUUGUAGAAGAAUAUCGGAAAAAUCCAGAAUCUACGUGGAUUCUCAAACCUUGUGGCAAGUCGCGCGGCGCCGGCAUACUACUAGUUAACAAACUAUCCAAACUGAAGAAAUGGUCCCGCGAAUCAAAAAACGACAUAGAACACCAACUAACCAGCAAAAACACAUACGUUAUAUCCCGGUAUAUAGAUAAUCCGCUUCUGAUCGGAGGAAAGAAAUUCGAUUUAAGGCUUUACGUUCUCGUUACGUCUUUUCGCCCUUUAAAGGCCUACAUGUUUAGAAAUGGAUUUUGUAGGUUUUGUACUGUGAAGUACGACAAGAGCGUGGCGGGGCUGGAUAACGUCUACGUUCAUUUGACGAAUGUGAGUGUGCAGAAGAAGGGGGAGGACUACAACAGCCAGCACGGGGGCAAGAUGGGGGUCAACCAGUUGAAGCUUUAUCUUGAAGGGACGCGCGGGAAGGAAGUCACCGACCGACUGUUCCAAGAAAUGCAGUGGCUAAUAGUCCACUCGCUCAAGGCGGUGUCGUCAGUAAUGAACAACGACCGACACUGUUUCGAAUGCUACGGGUACGAUAUAAUUAUAGACGACAACCUGAAGCCGUGGCUCAUAGAGGUCAACGCCUCCCCGUCCAUGACCGCGACCACGGCGAACGACAGAAUAUUAAAAUGCCAGCUCAUAGACAAUUUGCUGUCCGUAGUUUUGCCGCCCAAUGGGAUUCCCGACGCGCGUUGGAACAAAACGCCCUCUUCUAAAGCUUUGAGGGAUUUUGAAGUUCUCAUCGACGAGGAUUUAAUGCACAAAAGCAGCUUAGACUUCCGAACAAGGUUUAAGAACUCAAGCCUAAACUUUGUUAAAUAAAAUGAAGUUUGUACACUAAACGCACUUGCAGAUUUAUUAGUAAAAAAAUAUAUAAAUUAUAAGUUAAUAAACAAUUUGUAAUC